AGGGCAUCGACACGAAUGAUAACAUCAAUGGAAAUCAAAGACGCCAUGAAAAAAAUCAGAAAAGCGGUAUUCGAACUAUAUCGAGAGGUCGUGCUUUUGAGGAGUUACAAGACGCUAAACUACACGGGUCUGGUAAAAAUUCUUAAAAAAUAUGACAAGCUAUCAAGGAGAAACGGCAGCGAGAUAUACAUACCUCAUCUAAGGAAAUACAAUUUCGUAAAAACAGAGUAUUUGGAACAGUUGAUCCAGGAGAUUGAGAUUUUCUAUGUCAUCAAUUUCAAGGGUGGCGCAAGACAUCAAGCAAUGCAACAAUUGAGACUUCCAAGUACUAGAAAAAAGACAUAUCACUUUGUAUCUUGGCGUGUCGGAAUGUAUCUUGGAUUGGCCAUUCCCAUGAUAUACACCUCUCUAGCGUCUGUAUAUUCGAACAUAAAAAUUAGCAUUCACGUAUCAAUCGACUACAGACAACGGCUCGAACGUCAAAUGGCUUAUGUUAAUGCAAACUUAUACAUGCUACUCAUUACCAAUUAUCUUCCUAUUGGCGGUUGGUCUUUGCAUGUGCAUUUGGACAAAAACGC